GUUAGUUCCUUUUUACCAUGAAAUAUGAUCUGCAAAUGUGAGGGGCAGCUUUUCUCUAAUCAUUAGGUUGGUGGUUCAUUUCCUUUCACACCCGGAAAAGUUUUUUUUUUUGUUUUAAUGGCUUGGCACAAUUUGAUGACACAUGAUUGAAAACGCUCCAAAUUGAUCAAGAAAACGUUCCUAAACUACACCUAAAUCUGAGUUUUCAUACAACUCUGGUGAAACUUGAUAUUGUAAUUCAGUUUUGCAAAUAUACAAAUGCAUUCAAAUCUUAAUAUAAAAAGAUAUGUCAUUUUUUCCCAUAUAGGUUUAAAUUGAUCUGGUAGCCUAAAAAGGCAAAUAGAGAAGACAGUGACGCAGGACGCAGGCUACAGACGUUUAGUGCUGUGAUUGGCUGAGCGACGUGUAACUCAACCGAGCAGAGAGAGAGGAAGAGGCGGGACAAGACGCCGGACAAGGGCAGUGCUCUCAUCAUGGCGGGAGGCAUGAAAAUCACAAGUGUUUUAUUCGAUACAAGUGCCAAGUUAAUGCUUUUCAUGGCGCUGCUCAGCUGUUUACCUCAACCCUCGCACCAGGGCACGGGCAAUAAGCAUCUAAUAACUGACCUGCAGGAUGGAGAAAUGUAUGUUAUGACGGGGUCAAACAGGUUCUGUUACAAAAACCCCAUGAUGCCAACCUGGAGGCAAACAUGGACAAGAAUUCAAGUUAAAGUGUGGAGUUCAAAUGUGUUCAAAGUGGAGAUUGCGGAAGGUGAGGAGGAACUCCAGGAGUUGGAGGGCUUUAGUUUUUGGGGUUGGUUUCAGAGCUUGUUACGCGAGCAGCACAAUGAAACCACCAUUAACGUCAGUCUGUUUAGCAAGAGGACCUGCUUCAAGAUCAAUCCUGCUGACCAAACGCGAUACACUGUCAAGCUCGUUCGCAAGUUUGAUAUUUACCUCUUCUUGGUAUUCCUUGCUGGAGCGUUAUUGUUUAUCUUUGCAGAUUCACUCAGCAGGAGUCAAGUUUUUUUCUACUCUGCUGGGAUGAGCACUGGCAUGAUUGCAUCUCUCAUCAUCCUCUUUUUCAUUUUGGCACGCUUUCUGCCAAAGAAAAGCCCUUUCUACGUGCUGAUUGUUGGCGGCUGGUCAUUAUCUGUGUAUGCCAUUCAACUGGUCUGCAGGAACCUCAGCAUAAUUUUGCAAGAACACUGGCAUGUGGCAUUAGGUUAUGUAGUAGUUGUGGGAUUCGUCAGCUUCGCUGUAUGUUAUCGUUAUGGCCCUCUAGUGGAUGAGAAGAACAUUAACAUUUUGUCAUGGACCCUGCAGCUGUUUGGACUGCUCUUCAUUUAUUUAGGGAUUCAAAUUCAGCAAGUUGCAUUUGCCAUUAUUGUGGCAGCUUUGUUCUCGAAGAAUCUGGAGUACCCUGUCUACAUGGCAGUCACUGCAUGGAGGAAAGCUAGACAGUACAUUUACUGGAAGCCAAAGCCAUAUCGCCUGUUGACUGAAGAGGAGUAUCAGAAGCAGGGGGAAGAAGAGACUCGACAUGCACUUGAAGAGCUGAGGAAGUUCUGCAACAGCCCGGAGUUCAGUCCGUGGAAGGCCGUGUCCAGGCUUCAGUCCCCAAAAAGGUUUGCUGAUUUUAUUGAAGGGUCCCCUCACUUGAUGCCAAAUGAGGUGUCUGUCCAUGCGCAGGAAUAUGGCUUUGGAGGAGCUUUUUUUGAGGAUGAAUUUUUUGACACAGACGAUGAGGAAGAGGAUCUGAAACCUAUGAUGAAACCGGAGUGAGACUUCAGUGUUGAAGAUGUGACCUGCCCUUCAGGGAAAUUUUUAGGGAAGAGCUCGCCAAGGCUCAACGUCCAGCCUGACCUCCAGCAAUGCAGUGUCGAGGCUGAAAACCCUGGAGUGUCAUUUCAGCCAUAGGAGUCGCUCCCUGUUUUGGCUGUCAACAGUAUUGACUGAGUAGCAAAAAGAACGUUAGCAAUUUAGUUUAAAUAAUAUUCAUUAAAGCAAGAUCUGUUUUUAAGGGAAUAAGUGAUUUAUACUUGUUGACUGGAAGCUGAAGGAGGUCAAGGAAGUGAACUUUUAUGGUGUGAUUGUAGUUUGGCGUUCUUGCGUCAUAAAUUUAAAAAAGGGUUUUAGUUUUCAAGUUAUUUUACUGUAUGUGAACAGCCUCUUGGCGUGAGGUGGGCUCAGUGCAAUCACAACAUCCAGAUUACAUUAGUGGCCACUUUGGUAAAUUUGAAACUUUCUGCUCAGGGGAGGAAGAUUUUGGUUUGUUAUUCACAUUGCCACUAGAUUCAAUGACUAUAACUUUAAUGAUGUGCUCCAACAUAUGUGUAAUAAAAAUAUAUUUGAGCACUUGCAUGUGUUAUAAUUGUAUAUAAUUAUUUGAUAAAAAAUUUUGAGCUGGUAUUUGUAUUGUAUAUGUUCACAAGAUUUUGGUACACAAGUGUGUACUUUAUUAACAGCAAACUAUUUUAAUGAAAGGGACAAAGAUUAUUUUCAGUGGCACAAAUUUCAAAAUAUGACCAGGGUAUAAAAUAUAAUGCAACAUAAUCACUACCUGCAGUAUACAGUCAUUAAUUCCUAAUACAUUUGUAAACCUGUUGCCUGAUAAAUACUGGCUCUGAAUGCUGAACGAACCUGUACUCAUAGCUUGAAUAACUACUUUUACUGACAAAAAUAUUAAGAUACUUGA